UCUAGUUUUGUUUAACCCCGCACAUUCUACUACUGCUUCAGAUCAGAUGAUGAAGCCAUACCUGCUUCUGGUACUUUUGUUCCGUUUGUCUCACACUGAGAAUGAGGACGCAGGAAUAAAAGGGAGAAUAACCCUGAAAGGAUUUACAUAUGGCUUACAGGCUGGAAUACAGGAGCUAAAGAGUAGACUGGCAUCUAUUCAUAUUCCUGAUGUGAGCGGCUCUGUCAAAGUUCCAGUGAUUGGUCAUGUGACCUACUUGGUGACACAAUUACAGAUUGAGAACCUGGAUCUCUCAGAGCAAAAUGUCUUCCUUUCUACCAACACUGGCGUCCAGCUGUCUGUCAAUAAAGGGCAAAUAUCAGUCACCGGAGAACUGAGUAUUAAAACUUUCCUCUUUUCGGCCAAAGCUAGGAUGAACCUGCUGGUCAGAGACUUGUCCUUCUCUGCUGUCAUUGGGAUUACACGUGAUGAUCUCGGCCAUGGAGUUAUAUGGGAUGCAGGUUGCAGCUCCAAUGUGGGUCAUGUGGACCUCAGCUUCCAUGGAGGAGCUGGGUGGCUAUUAGACAUGUUCCGGAACGCCAUGCUGGGACCCAUUUAUGAUGCACUGAGCAAACAACUUUGCCCGGAGUUUGAUAAAACUGUGAUGCAAGUAGGAGAAAUAAUGAGACAUUGGCCAGUUUCUUGGCGUGUGGAUUCAGUGUCUGCUGUGGAAUUCCCUCUGGUAGUUCCUCCAAAUAUCACAGAGCUUAUUUUGGAGCUUGGAGUAAAGGGAGAGUUUGUUGGUAUUGCUCAACGCUGGGAAGCCCCGUUUCCCCCUGAAAAAUUUGUACUUCCAGAUAUUGACUCUCGGAUGCUCCUCCUAGGACUCUCACAGUUUACUGUUAACUCAGCUGGAUACGUUCACUACAAGUCUGGGUUUCUCAGAGCUAACGUCACGGAUGACAUGAUACCUAAAGAAUCUCCCCUGCGACUAAACAUAAAAAGUUUAGGGAUCUAUGCUCCAGAGCUUCCCACCCGAUUCCCGGAUUCCCCUCCAGUUCUCCUUCAGAUUUCUGCAAGCUCCCCUCCCUUCGUCAGCUGUCAGAGUAACGCUUUGACCGUUCAGGUGGCCACAGACAUUCAGAUAUUUGCCAUGAACCCCAAGCAGCAACUGGCACCUCUUUUCCAGCUGCAAUCGGACGGAGAAUUUCAGGUUGACUUAUUGUUGUCUGAACAGAGCCUUGGAGCUCAACUAGCAGAAAAAAACUUCUCCCUUACCCUCGUACACUCUGAUGUGGGGCCAGUUAAGGUAGCUGAGCUGCAGAGAUUUGUAAGCCUUGCUCUUAAGGUUGCAUGUCCAUUAAUUAACAAACGACUCAGGGAUAUCUACCCUUUUCCUAUCUCCAACUUACGUCUGCAGAACCCUACAGUACAACUGUUGCAGGGAUACAUAGUAAUUGUUACUGAUUUUGAGCUGACAGACCAGUCCAACAACAUGACCUGUAACAAUCUGGAAUGCAACCAUUGAACGCGUGAGCUGCAUAUAAAAUGCCAGCGCUGAGUAUUAUGUUUCAUAAUCAGAAAAAUAAUGAAUACAUCACAAAACCAAUGGUGCAGAUAAAGCAGGGAAUAUGAAUGGGGAUGAAUAAAGGAUAAUCACAUGAUCAGAUGGGGUAUUUAAAAAGACUUCUGCCCUAUCAUCAGGGGCAGGGGGAUGGGAAGCUGAAUUGAGAUUUAGGUUAUGUGUGAUGAUUUGUUCUGUGCUGUACGGUUUGGUGUAGCAACAGUUAAUAUUUAAGGGCCCAUGUUAUAACAAGACAGAUUCACAGAACAAUGGAAAUUGGCCAAGCAUUAAUUACUCUGCCUGGUCUCCUGCAGUUGCUUGGGGUGGACCAGCCACCGGGGUUAAUCAUUUAUGAAAGAGGGUGAAAUUUUUCUAAUUAGAGUACCCUGUUCUGAUUUGUUUCUGUCUAAAAGAUUUUACAUCACAUUAGCAGAGCCAUUUUCCUUAUUCUGCUUUUUUUUGUCUGCUCUGAUAUCUAUUUAACAGAUUUGUAUGUACUUAUUCUAAUAAGAAUGCUGAUGAUCUUAUAGGGCCAUUGUACUGUACAAUUAUCUCCCCUUAAAUGAAUUCCCAAUGGUUUAUUUUACAUGCUAUUAUACUGUUCAUACUAGUUCAUACUAGCUCCUUUACCUUUAUUGUAUCAUUUGUCAUAACUGCUUUUGUCUUUUCAAACCACCACCUAUGCUGAAAAUAUUAAUACUGCAGUAUUCUCUCUACAAAAGCUACGUAAACAAGAGGAAACAGCAAAAAACAUUCUCCCAGUUCUCUGUGUUAGGACUAUAAUAAACUAUUAGCAGUUACUUAUCCUCUGUUCCUUUAAUAUAUUCCCAAUGACUUGCUAUUCAAGCUACAUAGAAUUAAAUAUAUAUGGGAAUUGCAUUUUUAGGUUUGUCCUAGCAAUUGAAAAUCAAAAUUCCAGUAUCUAAGUAUUGGACUUUAAUAUAUGAUAGGUUUGCCUGUGUAUAUAUAGAGAGAUAAGAUAAGGAGGGUUGUUAUAUCUGAAAGCUCAGUCCACUUGAAUUGGCAUGUUUGUGAGACCAUUGGGUUGAGAUUUUAAAGAGCAAAAAAACUGUUUUUACAAGUAGAAAAAAAGGAGUAAUUCCCAUAUAUAUAUAAUAUUCUGAAUGAAUCAGGUAUAAGAAAUCAUUUGAAACACAUUAAGGGGAAACCAAUUUUAGAGUAAAGUGUCCCUUUAAGGCUCUACCUUUGUGUUUACCUACUCCUGGCAGUCAAACUGGCUCAAAAUAUUAGAGAUAAACCCCUGAGCUAGAAACCGGUACUAGACAUAGUUGAGGUCUAUAGAGGGUUUUUCUGACAUGGAUAAAUAUGACAGGCCCUAUACAAUCUGAGAAGUUUGAAUGGAAUUCAAAGCCCACGGGAGACUGAUCUAGAGGGGGAUAUUUAGGUGACCCUAGUAAACGUCUGCUGUUGGGAUACUGACUUAAAAACAGCUAUUUUGUUUGGGGGAUGUGUGGUGUGGGGGUUAAAGGGAGACAAGAGUAUUCCUUUUUUUCAUUUUGUUCCCUUUCUUGGAACUUAUUAUAUCAGAUGUUCAUUUUUGAUUUAUAAGAUUCUAAUAGCUAUUGAAAAACUAUAAUUAGAUUUAAUCAAAUGUGUCCAUUAGCAUAUUCUUAUGAUUUCAAUCUACUGUACAUGGAACAUGCUGUCAUGACGCAAAUCUUAAUAAAAAUGUAUUUUUUCUCUAUUUUUUAAAA